UCACUUCCUGCUCUGUGCAGCAUGAUGGCGGUGUCCAUGACAGAUUUGGCACAUUGACUUCAGCUGGAUGUUUGCAGUUUAGCCUCCUGUAAAACUCAAUAAGGUAGAUUGGCUAGCAGCUUCACAUAUCCUGAAAUCCCCGUCAGUGAAUACAUUAAAUGCAGUGACUCGAAGAUCAUGGCGCUCUACAGACUGUCCUUCAGACUACGACAGACGGUACCCCAUGUAAGGUCCCUUCAUACCAGUGUAUGUGGACAGCAGCAGGAGGCCGUGGCUGUAGAGUCAGAACCAACAGAGCCACUCUCAGUUUUCAGAACACGGGAGAAUGAUCCGGCAUGCCAUUCAGAGAAACAUAUUGGACAGUAUUACACUCUGCCCUCUGCACACAUACGCACUAUUUUCCCCCAUGGCCUCCCUCGGAACUUUCAACAACAGAUGAAGACGUUUAAUGAACCCUGUGUGAUGGUUAGACAGCCUUCGAUAGAGGUCAUCUCUUACCUGAAGAAAACAGACUUUAGCAAACCUCCUAUGCGUUAUAUAUUCUAUGGGUUGAAGGGCAGUGGGAAGACAAUGUCUCUCUGUCAUGCUGUCCACUUCUGUUACACACAGGGAUGGCUGGUGCUCCAUAUUCCUGAUGCUCAUCUCUGGGUGAAGAACUGUAAGGAGCUGCUGCCCUCCUCUUUUAACUCCUCUCGCUUUGAUCAGCCGUUACAAGCCACUGAAUGGUUACGUCACUUCAGAACCACCAACGAGCCUUUCCUUACAAAGUUAAAGACAAAGCAGCGCUAUGUGUGGACCAAGAGAGAGUUCACUGAGGAGGGGAGCACACUAGCAGAGCUGGUGGAUCAGGGCAUAUCUCGUGUGAAGAGCAGCAGUGAUGUUGUGGGGGCGUUGAUGAAGGAGCUGAAGCUGCAGAGUGGGCAGCCCGAGUCAAACUUUCGCAUGGCCGUGGCUGUGGAUGGUGUCAACGCCCUGUGGGGAAAAUCCACAAUAAAGAAGGAGGAUAAGAGUGCUGUAGAUCCAGAGGAGCUCACUUUGGUUUAUAACCUGAGGAAGCUGAUGAAGAACGACUGGACUGGAGGCACCAUCAUCACAACUCUGUCUCAGACAGGCUCUCUCUACACUUCAAAAUCUGACUAUUUGCCUCAAGAGCUGCUGGGAGAGACGGGGUUCGACAACAUGGACCCGUUCGUUCCAGUGUCAGUGCCCAACUACAGUGAGAAAGAGUUUGAGAGCUGUUACCUCUAUUACAAGGACCGCCACUGGUUGCAGCAUCCACAGAGCCUAACAGAGGAAGGAAAGAAAGAAAUCAUCUUCUUGAGCAACAGAAACCCAUGGAUGCUGGAUAGACUUUGUGCCUCCCGCUGAAGUAACAUGGAGAUAUAAACCACAUAUAGUAUAGCAGUGUCUCAGAGAUACAUUAACAAACGUCCAAGUCUGUGAUAUGUGUCCCUCUGUAAAUUAUGAUGCACAUGUGUAACUUUGAUAAUAAAAUCUUAAAUCCAGUAAAAAAA